UCGCAGCCGGCCGGGCGGGCCGGGGGCGAACGGGGUCGGCGCCGGGCCUCCAGCUGCUGGCAGCCGCUGCAGCCUCCGUGGCUGCCCAUCCCAUAGAUGGGAAAAGUGAGGUGCAGACAGACUGGGGCCUUGGUUAGAUCUCAGGACCGCCCGACCCCGAGGCCCUGCUCCUCACCCAGCGACAGCAAGGGCCGCCCUGUGGUUUUUCGGGGGCGUGGGGAAACUGGAUGAUCGUUACAGAGACGACCAGAAGGCAGGAGAGAGAAACAUGGCGGCAAGGCGGAUGGCACAGGAAUCUUUGGACACCGUAUUACAGGAGAAAUCUAAACGGUAUGGGGAUUCUGAAGCUGUUGGCGAAGCUCUCCAGCUUAAAGCUCAAGAUCUCUUAAGGACAGGCUCGAGAGCCAGAGCAGAUGUCUUUGAGGACAUUCACAGUGAUAACAGGUACUCCACUAGUGGAUCUGGAGUGUACUCACUAGACUUGGGAAGAGAGAGCCUGAGAGGUGACAUGUUUGCGGGACCCACCUUCAGAUCCAGCAAUCAGUCCGUUGGUGAGGACAGCUAUCUUCGAAAAGAAUGUGGCCGGGAUCUGGAAGUGGCCCACACUGACUCCCGGGACCAGAGUUUUGGCCACCGGAAACUGGGACAUUUUCCUUCUCAGGACUGGAAGCUUGCACUCCGUGGCUCUUGGGAGCAAGACUUGGGCCACCCAGUUUCUCAAGAAUCCUCCUGGUCACAGGAAUAUGGUUUUGGGUCUUCAGUGUUGGGGGACUUGGCCUCCUCCAGGCGGUUGGAGAAGGAGAGUCGGGAUUAUGACCUGGACCAUCAUGGCGAGGUAGACUCUGUGUCUAGAGGCAGUGGGCAAGUCCUGGCCAGAGGCCGGUCUCUUAACAUGGCUGACCAGGAAGGCACUCUCCUAGGAAAGGGGGACACUCAGGGCCUGCUUGCAGCAAAGGGUGUCGGGAAGCUUAUCACACUGAAAAGCAUGACCACGAAGAAAAUACCUGUUGUCAGUCGUAUUACUUCCAAACCUCAGGGUACUAACCAAAUCCAGAAAGCCACCCCAAGUCCUGAUGUGACCCUAGGAACAAAUCCAGGGCUGGAUGAAAUCCAGUUCGCUGCUCUAAAGAUCCCCUUGGGCCUGGACCUGAGGACCCUCAGCUUCCCCAGAAGGAAGCUGGGCUUUGAUGCCAUGGACAAGGCAGAUGUGUUCUCAAGGUUUGGCAUAGAAAUUAUCAAGUGGGCGGGGUUCCACACCAUUAAGGAUGACCUCAAGUUCUCCCAGCUCUUCCAGACUCUCUUUGAACUGGAAACUGAGACCUGUGCCAAGAUGCUGGCCUCCUUCAAAUGCUCCUUGAAACCGGAGCACAGAGAUUUCUGCUUUUUUACUAUCAAGUUUUUAAAGCACUCUGCUCUGAAAACACCCCGAGUCGAUAAUGAGUUUUUAAACAUGCUUUUAGACAAAGGUGCUGUGAAGACCAAAAACUGCUUCUUUGAGAUCAUCAAGCCCUUCGACAAGUACAUCAUGAGGCUCCAGGACAGGCUGCUGAAGGGCGUCACGCCCCUGCUCAUGGCCUGUAAUGCCUACGAGCUGAGUGUCAAGAUGAAGACCCUCACUAGCCCGUUGGACCUGGCUGUGGCCCUGGAGACCACCAACUCUCUGUGUAGGAAGUCUCUGGCACUCUUAGGCCAGACCUUUUCCUUGGCCUCCUCCUUCAGGCAGGAGAAGAUCCUAGAGGCUGUGGGCCUCCAAGACAUUGCUCCAUCUCCUGCUUCUUUCCCAAACUUUGAGGACUCCACUUUGUUUGGAAGGGAAUACAUAGACCACCUGAAGGCCUGGCUCAUGGCCAGCGGCUAUCCUCUCCAGGUCAAGAGGGCUGUGCCUGCAGAGCCCAGAGAACAGAAAACCACAUCUCAGCCCUGGGCUGCAAGCACUCUGAGCCAAGCAGUCCCCCAGCGGGCGGAUCACAGGGUGGUGGACACCAUUGACCAGCUUGUCAUGCGUGUCAUCCAAGGCAGGCUGUCUCCUCGAGAGAGGACACUCCUCCUGCAGGACCCUGCUUACUGGUUUCUGUCUGAUGAGAGCAGCCUGGAGUAUAAAUACUACAAGCUGAAGCUGGCCGAGUCACAGCGGCUGAACCACAGCUGGCCCAUCGUGGAGCGGAGGCCAACGCCAGCACAGUGUGCAGUGCGCGCCAUGCUGUAUGCACAAGCUGUGCGCAGUCUCAAGCGCAGGCUCCUCCCAUGGCAGCGCAGGCGGCUGCUGCGCUCCCAGGGUCCUCGAGGCCUGAAGGCCAAGAAAGCUGCCACUGCCCAGCACACAUCCCUGUCCUCAAGCCCUCGGCAGAGACACCACGGCCGCCAGGCUGCAGGCUCCUUGCAGGUAAAGCCACCACCAAGGGACUCAAGUGACGCUGCCCAGGACUGCCCACCAGAGCCUGCCAAACCCUGUCCUCAGUCCUCCAGCCCUGGAGCCUUGGGUCCGUCUCCUCGGCCAACAGCAGGGGAAGACUCGGAAGCCCUGCCAGCCUCUUCUCCCUGCCCUUCUGCUGAUGUGGAUCGGAAGACCAUGGAGACCGCUGAGAAGCUGGCCAAAUUUGUGGCUCAGGUGGGCCCCGAAAUUGAGCAGUUCAGCAUAGAGAACAGCACCGACAACCCUGACCUGUGGUUCCUGCACGACCAGAGCAGCUCAGCUUUCAAGUUCUACCGAGAGAAGGUGCUGGAACUGUGCCCAUCCAUCUCCUUCCAGUCCACUGGUGAGGCGGGGGACUCAGUGCAGAGCCCCACAGCUCGAAAGGAGGGUGAGGGUGAGCCAGAGGAUGGGCGUCCCCAGCAGGAGGCUACACUGGAGGGCCCUGAGGUGCUGCCUGAGGAGGAGGAAGAUGAGGAGGAGGACGAGGAGGAUGAGGGCGGAGAGGAGACCUGCACCCUCAGGCCACAGGCAGGAGCUGCCAAGUGUCCAGGCUCCGAGGGCAGCUCCCCCACUGACAGCAUCCCUGGAGAGGGGUCCAGGGAGGACCAGGCUGGCACCCCUGGCCUGUCACAGACCUCCUCCGGCAGCUGCUUCCCCAGGAAGAGAAUCAGCAGCAAGUCACUGAAAGUUGGCAUGAUCCCUGCCCCCAAGAGGGUGUGUCUCAUCCAGGAGUCAAAGGUCCACGAACCAGUUCGAAUCGCCUACGACAGGCCUCGGGGUCGUCCCAUAGCCAAAAAGAAGGGUUUCCCUCGCAGGCUCAGCACAGGGCAGCAGCAUGCCACCCCACUGCCAGGUGCCAGUUGUGACCCUGGGGUAAGGGACCUGGACUCAAGAAGCCCCACCCCCAGGGGUGUUACAGGGAAGCUGGAGAAACCCAAGGACCUGGAGUUUGCCCAGCAGAAACUGACAGACAAGAACCUGGGCUUCCAGAUGCUGCAGAAGAUGGGCUGGAAGGAGGGCCACGGCCUGGGCUCCCUCGGGAAGGGCAUCCGCGAGCCUGUCAGCGUGGGGACGCUCUCAGAAGGAGAGGGCCUGGGGGCUGAUGGGCCAGAGCAGAAAGAAGACACGUUUGACGUCUUCCGCCAACGCAUGAUGCAGAUGUACAGACACAAGCGGGCCAGCAAAUAGUUCCAGGGUCACUUCCACAAGGGCCAUGGAUUCCAAAAGCUGUGCUGGCCUGGCCUGCUGUGGCUCUGACGCGCUCCUGUUCCUGGAAGUACUUGGCGAAGGUUGGUUCUGGUCCCUGGUAAAACGCAGAAGAACACUGGUGAUGUCACACUCGGACGUUGUUGUGUUUGUGAGGCUCUAAGAUGUCAUGGUGUUGUCGUGUCGAGUGCUCGGAAUAAAUGAGGAGCAGACCCAC